AUGGAAUCCGUCUCAUGGAAAUUGUAUGACAACCAGCAUGACCUCAGCGGGAUCCUUACGUUGGCGGCACGAUCUUGUGUGGACUCCCGCGCCUUGCGGCCCAUUGAAUAUCUCGCAGCGUAUUUUAGCACGAAAUGCACGGGAGACGAGAUACGAACUCUUUCAGCACACGUGAUGUUCGCACCAGGAGGCUGCCGUGUACUGCGUAUUAUUUUGCGCCUGCUAAAUGGUAUGGAGGUGCAGUCAUCUGCCUUGUUGUCAGCGAGUCAGGAGCUCGGUGAUAGCUUGGUUGAGCAUACGGUUGAUCCAGCGGUAAUCCAUGAGGUGUUGCAGGAAAGUUAUUUCCCCCGACUUGUUCCGUGUAGGGCCUGUGAUCAGCGGCAAUUUGACGAAAUUUUAUCGCGUGUGGCAGCGACACCUGAUUUACCAAAUGUGGGUACGGCUGUUGUACAUGCCCUCAGUGUUGUUGCAUCCGCUGCGGCCUCACGAUGCACAUCAACACCCGCUUUCCAAUACCUUCGUAACACAUUUGGGCUACUGACUGAUGUAGAAACCUUUUCCAUGCCACAGCUGUGCAUUGAUUUCUUCGGUCCUGAGAACGUUGCGACUGCCCGGGUUGCACUGAAGAGUGUUCUUAUUCUUCCUUGCAUGCCAAACGGGACUGUGAGCCAUGAGGUCAUGCAGAAGAUAUUUGCGGCCUUCAAUCAUUUCCGCAAGGUGCACAACGCUGCAACCCGAAGCGACGGAUCACUCGUAUUCAGCACAUUUGACAACAUAACGGAUGCAAUCAACUUAGCCGAUGAGGUCCUGCGUGCUGUUGAGCUUAGGCCGCAAACCGAUGUGUGUCUGGGCCUUCGUCUAGCCGCACCAGCCACCAGAACACAGAAGGAGGCUAAAGAUGGUGGGGAGGUUUUCUACUCCAUGUUCCCCGGUGAACAAGAUAUCACAGGGUCGCAGCUGGCUGAGUACGUGCGAGAGCAGGUCCAAGCAAGCGCGAACUUGGUGGUUUAUGUUGAGGAUACCCACUGUGAUGUCGAUACGAUCGGACUGCGGCGACUUCAUGCCACGAUUGGGGGCACAGCUGUGUUUUCUGGUUAUGACCUCUACCGUCGGUCAAAGUACGAAAAGGUGGAACAGGGGCUUGACGAACUGUGGACGUCCAAUGUGGUGCUUGAGGCAAGUGCUAUUGGAUCUCUUUCUGCGCUGUGCGACAAUGUGCGGAUGGUGCGUCGGCACGAGGGCUGCACAAUCGCACUAGCGCCGCAGAGCUUAAUGCACAACGUGGCCUUUGCUGUGCACCUUGCUGUGGGCGUGGGAGCGCGGUUUCUGUGUGUUGGGGGGCUGAUGGACGUUGUGCAAUGCGAAGUGGUUUCGCAAUAUUUGUAUGUGCAGGAUGAAUUGGAGCAAUCAAGACUACUUUUAGAAGAGGCACCGAAGCCUCCAUGCGCCGUGCUUCCGGAUGCACCAACAGAUACGGUGCCGGAGAUCAAGCGGCGCUUGGAUAAGAAGAAGCGCAAGAAGUGA